AUGUUGACAAGUUUCAACAGCAAUGUCAUUCAACUCAAGGCCAUCCCAUCAGGCUGGAAUGAAGACGGCGUGAUCGACAACGAACUAUACGCCAUCCCGAUGUCAAACUACAUGGCAUCGAGCGCACGACAGUCUUGGCGUGCUGGCGUAUCGUGCGCAAUGCUCCAAAAUGGCGGGUCGAAGACGUGUCCCAGGGAAAACGUAAUGCCGUCGAAAUACUUCGCCCCACUGGUACGAAGCAAGCGAAACUGGCCAAGCAAGUCCCAGCUGUGCAAGCUCACGACGAGCUACACGCUCGAUUCGUGA